GUACUACUACGUGACGCUGUACCUGGGGUGGCCGCCACAGCGGUUCGCGCUCAUAGCGGACACGGGCAGCAGCAUCACCUACGUGCCCUGCGCUGCCUGCACGCACUGCGGUAACCACCAGGAUCCGCGCUUCAACCCGGCGCUCUCAGCAUCGUAUGCCACAAUCCCUUGCGCGCACCACCGCUGCCUCACGCGUGCCUGCUCGUCCACGGGGCUGUGCACAUACCACGGCGUGUACGCCGAAGCCAGCUCCACGCGUGGCCUCCUCGCCUCCGACCUCCUCUCCUUCGCCCCGCCGCCCCACUCCCCUGCCAUGCCACACCUCCAUGCUGCACAGCCCCACGUGCCAGCGCAGGUGCACGAGACGCACUCACCUCCCCAACCUACACCACCUGCCACCGCCGCCGUGCCUCUCAACGGCUCUCGAGCGGCGUCCUCACGGGAUGCAGCAGCAGCAGGUCAGGCAGGCGAGAGAGUGCUGCUGGCGGGCGCAGGGGAGGCGGGGCCGGGAGGUGAACAGGACAGCGUGGGGGGACUAGGGGACGGUGGGGGGGCGGAGGGUGAGGGGCGAGGAGGCAAGGGAGAGGGCGUGACAGGGGCGGCAGAGCGGGCUGCGCCAGAUGGCCCGCGACUCGUCUUUGGGUGCGAGUUGCAGGAGACGGGCGACCUGUACCUGCAGCGGGCGGACGGCAUCGUGGGGCUGGGCAGGGACGCGCUGUCGCUGCCCAACCAGCUCGUGCGCGCCGGGGUAAUGCGGGAAGACGUCUUCUCCCUCUGCUUCGCCGCCCCUGCUAACCCGCAUGCUACUACUGAGCAUGGGACUUAUCUCAAUGUGGCUGAGAAGGUGCACGGCGGUAGCCCUGGUGGCGACACGCUAGAUAGCGCUCGGCGUGUUCAUGCUGCUGCAUGCUCACAGCCUCAUUCCCCUCGUCCCCCACGCAACCCCCUCCCCCCUGCACGGCACGGCGCCAUCCAUCAGGUGCGGGCGGCGGUGCCUCUCCCCCAGGUGCCGGGCCCCGAUGCGCGCUACACCGACAUCUGCUUCGCCAACGUCUCCCUCGCGGGCGGCAUGAACCGGCUGUUCCCGCCGGUCACCAUCGUGUUUGGCAACGGAGCAGCGCUGCGCCUGCUGCCGCACAACUACCUCUUCAAGCACAAGAAGCAUGAGGACGCGGUGUGUCUGGGCGUGUUUGACAACGGCAGUGGCGGUGCUCUCAUCGGAGCGGAUGGUGAAGGGCUGCUAGCGGAUGGUGAAGGGCUGCUAGCGGAUGGUGAAGGGCUGCUAGCGGAUGGUGAAGGGCUGCUAGCGGAUGGUGAAGGGCUGCUAGCGGAUGGUGAAGGGCUGCUAGCGGAUGGUGAAGGGCUGCUAGCGGAUGGUGAAGGGCUGCUAGCGGAUGGUGAAGGGCUGCUAGCGGAUGGUGAAGGGCUGCUAGCGGUUGGUGAAGGGCUGCUAGCGGAUGGUGAAGGGCUGCUAGCGGAUGGUGAAUCCAUCGCGCAAGAGGCUGCCAUGCCAGACCUGGACCUUGGGUAUGGAAGCCGAAGCAGCGAUGGCAGGGUGAGCAACAGUAGCGCGAACGGUGCUGGGGAGGUGAGCGAUGGGGGGAGCAGCAGUGGAGGCGAGGAUGCAGAGGAGGGAGAGGAGAGGAACGAGGGAGGGGAGAGGAACGAGGGAGGGGAGAGGAACGAGGGAGGGGAGAGGAACGAGGGAGGGGAGAGGAACGAGGGAGGGGAGAGGAACGAGGGAGGGGAGAGGAACGAGGGAGGGGAGAGGAACGAGGGAGGGGAGAGGAACGAGGGAGGGGAGAGGAACGAGGGAGGGGAGAGGAACGAGGGAGAGGAGAGGAACGAGGGAGGGGAGAGGAACGAGGGAGGGGAGAGGAACGAGGGAGGGGAGAGGAACGAGGGAGGUGAGAGGAACGAGGGAGGGGAGAGGAACGAGGGAGAGGAGAGGAACGAGGGAGGGGAGAGGAACGAGGGAGAGGAGAGGAACGAGGGAGGGGAGGGUGCUGAGGGGAGAGGCGAGGAGAAGGGGGAGGAUGUGGGCGGAGGGCGGGAGAGGGCGGAGAUGAAUCAGAGCAAUGACUCGAAUGGGGCGGAGCUGCAAGGGGCGUGGGCGGGCGAGGAUGGGGAGGAGGAGCAGUGGUGGGAUGCAGUGAGUGGCAGUGUGCUCCUGGGAGGAGAGGCAGGUGGGGUUGGGGAGGGCAGGGGGGAACUGGCGUCAUGGAGUGUGAGCGAGGGGGUGAAGGGCAGUGAGAAGGUGGACGAGGAGGAGGUGGAGCAGGAAAGGGAGCAUGAGGAAGAGGGUGCAGGGGUGGUCAGGGGCAAGCAGAGGGGCAAGCAGAGGGGCAAGCAGAGGGGUGCAGAGGGGAGCGGUGGGAGUGAGGGGCAGCACACUGAGAGUGACGGCCACACGCACGUGCUGCUGCACCUCGUCUUCUCUGCCCGCCAUCCACCCCUGCUGCCGCCUCCCGCACCCAGCACCUCCUUCUCCUCCGCUUCGGCAGCACCGCUCUCACUCCCACCGCUCUCACUCCCACCGCUCUCACUCCCACCGCUCUCACUCCCACCGUCUGCCUCCACCGCCCCGCCACUCCCCGCCGUCCUGCCGGCGCUGCUGCCAGCGGUGGCUACCUCCUUUCUGGUGCACCGCAGCCGGGUGGCACUGUCCGCCUUCUCCUCCUCCACGCUGCUGCUGCCCUCCCCGCGGCGCAUGGAGGGGGAGGAUGGCCACGGCCGUGGGAGCAUGGGUGAAGCGCAUGACAGUCAGCCAAGGCAGACGCACUUCACCACGGCGUCCCUCACCAUUGACUGCCCCUCGCCACACGCCCUCCACACAGCGCCUGCACGCACCUGUUCCCACGAGGCACAGCGCCUCGCUCGGCUAGUGCGGGGGGGCCGGUGCCAGGGCGUGGGGGAGCGCGUGCAGAGGGCCGUGGGGGGAGAGGGGGCGGUGAGGAAGGUGGGCAGUGGUGACUUGCCCGUGCUGCUGCACUGCUCCCUGCACGCGCUGCUUCCCGCUGCUGCUGUGUCCAGGCGCUCCCCACCUGACCAUGGCGGCACUCCUGCCGUCUCUGACUCGCCUCUCGCCACUCCCCUCCAUGCUUCUGCCUCUGCUGCCGCCCAGCCUCAUGCAGCCACGGCGGCGGCUGGCAGCACCAAGGCCAAGCAGGGAGGGGCGGUGCCUCGGGAGCAAUGGCUGGCAGAGCAUGGCGACGAGGAGAGCCGUGGGGGAGGGGCGGCAGUAGGGGUGAGAGGUGCAGGCGAGGGGCAGGUGGGCAGGGUGGGGAAGGGAGAAGCGGAUGGAGAGGAGGAGGCGGGGCAUGGCGUGGGAGAGGUGGUGAAGUCAGUGCUGGGGGGGGCAGCAAUGCACGGAAGACAGCAGCAGGGCGAGCAGGAGGGCUCUGAUGUGCCUGUCGUGCAGGAGGGCUCUGAUGUGCCUGUCGUGCAGGAGGGCUCUGAUGUGCCUGUCGUGCAGGAGGGCUCUGAUGUGCCUGUCGUGCGCUCCAUCUCCCCCACUCUCAGGGAGAACCACGGAGCCUCAGCCAUGGCUGCCACGGUAGCAACGCCCCCAACACCAUCGGCUGUAUCAGCAGCUGUGGUCCCGGCGGUAGCGCGCAUGCAGGAGGAGCAGCGGCUGCAGUGGGCAGCGCUGGUGGUGGUGUACGCGCUGGUGGCCGUGUGCCUCGCUCUCAUCCUCCGCCUGCAGUUCAGACGAGGGGCCUUCGGCAUCGCCAUUGCCACCGUCAUUGCUGCUGCUGCAGGAGGGUCUGCUGCACGGCCCCAUCAACUGUGCUCGCACGCGCCCUCCUCACUGCAUGGGACCUGCUCGUGCCACGUGGCAAAGCGCGCUGUGGACCGCUCUCAGGUGUAG